GCUCAUUAGCAGAUGAGGCUUCUUUUACAAAGAUCUUUAACUUUUGUAAACUCUUUUCUCUUAGUUCACACUGCCAAAAAGGAUGUUGUGUUCCUCCUUGAUGGUUCAGAUGGCACAAGGAAUGGCUUCCCUGCCAUGCGUGAUUUUAUUGAAAGAGUGGUGGAGAAACUCGAUGUGGACCACAACAGAGAUCGUGUGGCCGUUGUUCAGUUCAGCAGAGACGCUGAGGUCCAUUUUAAUCUGAAUGCACAUAGAACAAGGGAGGACAUUGUGGAUGCAGUGAGAAGACUACAGCACAGAGGAGGAAGACCCCUGAACACGGGGGCAGCCCUCCAAUAUGUCAGGGACAAUGUGUUGACAAACUCCUCAGGGAGUAGGCACCAUCAGGGUGUUCCACAGACGCUGGUCCUGAUAACAGGGGGAAGGUCUUUUGACAAUGUAGAUGCCCCGGCCAAUGCUCUCAAACAGCAGGGUGUCUUUGUGAUUGGCAUUGGAACCAGGACAUCUGACAGUAGAGAGCUGCAGAGGUUAUCUUAUGAGCCUAGAUACGCUCUCGCAGUGUCCGAGUUCACUGACUUGCCCAGUGUCCAAGAACAGCUCUCUUCAGUAAUGAGCACGGUUCAACUGAGGCCUACUACACCUUUGACCACAGUAGUGACUGUGGUGAGACAACCAGCUGGAAAGGAUUUGGUCUUCUUGCUUGAUGGAUCUGAUGGCACUAGAACUGGCUUCACAGCUUUGAGAGACUUUGUGCAGAGAGUAGUAGAGACACUCUAUGUGGAUGAAAACAAAGACCGUGUCUCAGUGGUUCAGUACAGCAGAGAUCCAUCUGUCCAGUUCUAUUUUAACACGUACACAACCAAAAGCGAGAUGCUUGAAGCUGUCAGAGGUAUGAGGCACAAAGGAGGAAGACCUCUCAAUACUGGAGCAGCUCUCCAGUACUUGAAGGAUAAUGUCUUCACUGCCUCUGCCGGAAGCAGACACCUGGAAGGAGCUCAACAGGUGCUAAUAUUGCUAAGUGGUGGAAGAUCCUUUGACAGUGUGGACGAACCAGCCACUGCUCUCAAACAGAUGGGUGUUUUGAUCUUUGCAAUUGGAAGUAGAGGCUCUGACAUUAGAGAACUGCAGAAAGUGUCCAGCGAACCCAGUUACGCUGUAUCUGUGCCCGAGCUAACUGACCUUCAGAGUGUUCAACAGCAGCUUCUGACCUUCGUAGACGCUGUGGUUACUGACACCACAGCAGAAUCUUCCCAUGUACCUGGUAUGUUGUGAAGCGUAGUGUCUUGAUGGACCAAAUAGCUGCAUGUUUUGUUUUAAUUGUGACAAGAAAGAAAACAAGGUCUUAUGCAAACUUACUUCUCUGUGAGCCUUUUAUGACAACUGAUGGUGGGGUUUCCAUCUGCUUACUUGCAA